UCCACCCUCCCGGAGGCGGUGCUUCCCCCGGACCAAGCGAGCGGAAGGGCAGAGCGGCGUGUGCGCAUGCGUUGGCGAGAGAUUUGGCGCCAGAGUUUGUAUGUUGGCGGGGCGGCGCCGCCGUUGUUGCUGACGCGAUCCGGAGGUUUUCUUGAUAGUACCAGUGAUGCUAUGGAUACAAAUAAUUUUGACACAUCCGUGGAGAAGCCGUCUUUCUUCAAAAUAUUCAAAGCACGAUGCAGUGAAUCAGACUUAGGGCCAAUAAGUUUCAACUGGUUUGAAGAACUCAGUUCAGAAGCUCCACCUUAUGACUUCAAAAGAUCAGAAGACCCUGAAUUUAAAACUAACUGCCUGGAUCAAAGUACUUUUAAAACACCAAAGGGGAAGCUGUUUACAAGCAGCCAAUUAGCAUCAACUCCAAUUAUUUUUAAAGAACGAAAUAAAAGCUUACCAUUCUUUGCCUCUCCUGUAAAAGAAGCAGGGCAAAGCAAAGCUGAAGCAGGCAGAUCUGCCAAUAGAUCCCAUAGGAUGAAGACAAUAUUGGAUCACUCAAUCAAAGUAAUGAGUCCUCCUAACACUUGUCUUCUUGCAAGCCCAGCUGUUCUAAGAGAAACAUACAGAACACCACAGAGUAAUAAGUGUACACUAAGUAGAAGUUUGCUAUGUACACCCAAGCUUUUUGAGGCUCAGACACAAAAAUGUAUAUCUGAAAGUUUGGGAGCAGAAGUAGAUCCUGAGAUGUCAUGGUCAAGUUCGUUAGCAACACCCCCUACUCUUUCUCCAACAGUAAUUAUAGCUAGAGGAAGUGAGUCCGUUUCUGCAACAAAGCAAAAUAAUGAAAGACUUGCUUUGAUCAUGCAUAGCCUGUUCUCCAAGUAUGGUAGAAGUCCCAGGAAGAAUAGUGUACAGUCUGUAUCAGGAAUAGAAGAUCUAUGCACAGAUAUUGACAGCAAAAGCCACAAUUUUGGAAGGUUAUUAGAAGGCUCCUUUGGUAUCAGUAGACUUUCCAGUAAGUUAGGUGAAAACCAAAAGCUGCCAGAUGAUCCAGAGGAUGACGAUAUGGAUGAAGCUGAUAUUUCUGUUUGUCUUGCCAGUGGUAAAGCUUUUCUAAGAAAAGUAAGAACAGUCAAAUGGAAUAAGAAGAAAUGCUUUGAUAAAAUGAAACAUAAUGAAAUGGACGAAGCAGUUAAGGUUUCUAAUGAAUGCAGUAUAACAGACUAUGAAAAAGAGGUAAACACUUCCAAGUGUGAUCUGCAGAAAGCUAUUGUUCCCCAAAACAGCGUACAAAAACACUCUGAGAAUCAGAAUGGCAUACACACAGAGGAGGAAAUAACAUCAUCUUUAAUUUCUCCAUGGUCUCAACUAGACUUGUCCGGUCUUGAAAUAACACAACUGGAAAAAGUGUCCUCAUGCCAAAGUGGAUUGUCUUCCUCCUUAGAUGUAAAUAAAUGUUCUCAAGAUAGGUUACCAUCUAAUGACAAAGUUUCUGCUGCUACUACUACUUUAGAGCCAUGUAUAUUAAAGACAUCAAGUCUAAUAAAAGUUCACAAAUUACUGAACAUCAGUUCUCCAGAAAAACUACCAGCUCCUGAAAUCUCUCCAGCACCUAUUGCAAUUGUGAGGCAGGAAAGCCUAACUCUGGUGAAAAGUGGUGAGGAUGAGCAGGCUUCUGUUGUAAAUAUGUCAGAGAGUGAUUCGUUCUUAAUGGAAAAUACAAAUUAUACAGAAUUUUCAGAAUGCCAAAGCAGUUGCUUUCAUAUAUAUUCAAGAGAAAAUGGUAAAACUUCCUCUGGCCUUGCUGCAAGUAAUACUUCAACUCGAUCUGCUAGUGGUGGCGAACUCACAGGCUUGAAAACCAGCAGCUCACUUUCCAAUUUGAAAAGACGACCCAAACAAUUUAUUUAUACAGUAAAUACUACACCAGUAUAUAGGGAAGAAGGAACCACACAGAGAGAUGGAUCUUCUGCUUGUCCUGCACCAAUGCACACAAAUUUAAAUUUUUGUGUGUCUCAAGUUUCAAAAGCAGCCGUUGGGAACGAAGGGCAAACUGAAGAAACUUCAGGCAUUAAUAAGCAUGCUGUUGAAGAAAUACAGAAAAAAGAGCCUGAGAAAAGCUGUGCUUUUCCUAACAUGUCUCAUGACACUCCAUAUAAUAAAAAAUCAAGCAUAAAAAGUAACUUUACAGAUAAGUCGUCAGUAUUUCUGCAGACAGACAGCAAAAAAGAGAUGGUUCUGCCUCCCAAUCUUAUAGCUGCUAAUCUGAGAAAAGAGCCAAGUGAACAUAAAUUCCAUGCAAUUACUAGCAAAGAUACUUCAGACAGAGUAAGUGGAGGAAAAUGUGCCAAUCUCAUACAUUUCAGUUCACUGCAAGAAACAAUUCCUGAGGAAUCUACAUUGACAAUGCAAAGACUGAAAAUGGGAAAUGAGCAAGCAGCUUUGGACUUAAUUUGUGCAAGUGGUGCUCAGGUGGCUGAACUUGAAUAUCUGUCAAAUAAAACACCCAAACCUACUAUAGAUGACCUUUCUAAGGUUUUAAUAUUGGAGAAAAAUGUAGACUUGAGACAGCCUCCACCAUUAGAUUUAAAAAACAAUGCCGAGGAUAAUCAGCAGAGAGGCUUAGGAUGUGCAAGUGAUAGCAAAACCCAGAGUUUUGGAGGCUUCAAAACAGCAUCUAAUAAACAGAUACCACUGUCUGACUGCAAUGUUAGAAAAGGUAAAUUGUUGUUCAAAGACAUACAAGAUCAAUUUCUUGAAGAUUUUCCCAGUGAUGGAAUGCAGAAUAUUUCAAAUACAGAUGCACAAGAAAAUGCUGAGUUUUCUUCAGUGGUGAGAAAUAACUUGAAUAAAGACUCAUCCAGUUUUUCACAUGUUUCGGAUUCUCGGAUGAACCUUAUCGAAUACAGUGAUACACAAAGCAUUUUUCCUGAAUAUGCCAAUUUGUCUUUUCGAAAUGUGCUUCAAAAUCAGCAGCCUGAAGGAAAACCAAACUUAACAGCAAGCCAAGAAGCUGAAGUUACUGAACUCUCUAAUAUAUUAGAAGAAACAGGUAGUCAGUUUGAAUUUACACAGUGUAAAAAGCAAGGGACUGUCCUAUGCAAUAGUACUUGGAAGGUGUGUGGAAGCAUUGAGGAUAAUGAAAUAGGCAAAUUGGCUAUGAAUUCUGAAGUGCUGAAUGGUAAUGAUUCUAAUGGAAAUUUCAAAACAAACAUUCAACGAAGCUAUGAUCUGUCUCCUAGUAAGGAUAUAGACACAACUGAGGAAUCAAAGAUGGAGAGACAGAGCAAUGAAGAGGCUUCACCCUCUAAUUCACCAACCAGAAAAUGGAAUAAAGCUCAUUUUGUCCCAAAUGUUUCAUCACAUUUGCCGUUCAGAUUAUCUAGUCUUGGGGACUGUAGUUCAACUGUGAACAAAGGCAUGGACUCUCCUGGUGAGAUCAGUCACAAAACUCCAGAACUAGUUGGUGAUCUUUAUGGAGUGGUUGAAAUGUUUAACCCUCACAAAACUGAUAUCCAUAGUGUGUGCUCAAAUAGAAGUAAUAAUUGUUGGAACAACCACAAAUAUAUGAAACAGAAAGGCACCGAUUGGCAGAGUCAGUGGGUCAAAGAAGUAAAUGCUGAGUACACGACAAAAAAUAAUACAAAAGACACUGUUACCUUUGUGAAGGAAGGUAUGCAAAAUAAGUCAAGUCCUAUAAGUUAUAAUGAAAGCAAUAUUAUUCAUAUAUCUAGUACUACAGAGGUAAACCUAAAAAUUAUUCAGAAAUAUUCUGUUGAUGUGACAGGAAAUCAACUGUCUUCUGUUGAAAAUAACCGCAGCAUCUUAGUUUCACGUCACUUUGUAAACUGUGGAGAAACUCAGUGUAACUAUAAUUUGCAAGAAACUUUGUCUGAUCUAACAUGUUUAGCUGAAGUUGCUAAAACUGAAAAAAAAGUUACUUUGAAUAAUGUAAAUGGAAAAGAAAACCUUAACUCUAAUCAUGAAGAAGAAAGAAUAAACAAUCCAGAAAGUGAUAAUGUACUACAGAGUUUUCAUACUGUGGUUGAUGGGAACAUAUCUGCACAAAAGACUAAAACACUUCAUUUGUUGGCUGGCUCCCAUGUAGGUGAAGACCUAGAUAAUAUAUCUUUGUUUUCCAGUGAGAAGGCAGAUAUUGAUAGCAAGAAAGGAACUAUUACUUCUGUCAGAAAGAGUAUUGGCUUAAAUAAAAAUGAAACCUUUUUUGGCACCAACCAUCAAGAAGUCCUUAAUAUCGGAAAAGAAAAGCAGAAUAGCUCAAUGGGUUUUCAUACAGCGAGUGGUAAGCAAAUCACGAUCACUGACAAAUCUUUAGCUAAAGCAACACGCCUUCUUUCUGAAGAAAUCUUUUCCCCAGAAAAGGACAAUGCUCUUAAUAAUCUUGCCAAACCUUGCAUUCAAGCUUCAGUGAAAGGGAAAAAGAACGAGGAAAUUACUACAGUAAGAGAGGCAUUGGGAGAAGGAACUGAAAAACACUGUAAAGAACUUCUAAAUCUUCAAAGUUAUUUUGAAGUUCCUUUAAAUCAGUUGCCAAACAUUGUGCAGACUGAGAAUCCUGAAAACAUUAAGGAACUUUCACUAGAGAUUAAUGCAUCUGAAUCCGAUCUCCUAUUUCAUAUUGGAAGGGGAGAAAAAUAUACCAUAAAUGAGGCAUGUACCUCAAGCAAAAAUGACAUUUCAAAAACUGAAUGUAUUGCUGCUGAUGUGGAGAAACAUUUGAAAGAAGAAGGGUCAGGUAUUUAUGCAAAACAAGAUCUUCAGCACUUGUCAUAUAGAAAUACAAGCAAUACACCACAUGAUGCAUGCAAUGAGAAAAACUUCUUCUCCGGUAAUUUCACUGAUAUUUCCCAAGAAACAUCAUCCAAAAGAUCUAGUACAGAAAAGAAUUUUAGACAGUCCGAAGAAACUUCUAAAAAUGAAAGUUGUGCAAUGCAGAAAUGUAACUUAAAAUUAUUAGAUGCCAACACUUUACAGAAAAAUUCAGCUGGUGAAGUAGCAGCUUCAACAUCAAAAUUAUCAAAGGCUGCAUUUAACACAGCAAGUGGCAAAAUUGUUGGAGUUUCUCAGGAUGCAUUAAAAAAGGCCAAACAGUUGCUUCGUGAAGACUGCUAUAAAUCUGUAGUACAGGACAUCGAAUCUCAUUUUGAUGAGAGCAAACAUGAUGUUUUAGAAAGCCAUUCUGAUGCCUUGGACAAUGAAGAGUGUACUAUUUCUGCUAAUACUAACUUCUUGACUGUAGAGAAAACUGCUGUGGAAAAUUCUAUUGUACCUCAGCUUUCCAAAGCCAAGGAAUACUACUGUGGAGAUGAGCAAAUAAUACAGAAUACUGGAUUUAUAUCUUUAUAUCCUGAAUCAAAUUCUCAGAUUUUAUGUUUGCAAAUGAACUAUAAUACACAGACCUCCAACAAGUUAAACUGUACCAAGUUAGACUUCUCUACAGAUAACUGUAGUUUUUUUAGCACAGCAAGUGGUAAACCUGUACAGUUAUCCAAAGAAUCAUUAAAGAAAGCAAGAGUAAUUCUUUCUGAAAUUGAAAACAAUGAUUCAUCAGCUCAUCAGAGGAGCAUAUCAGAUUGCAGUUACAGUUGUGAUAAAGUAUCCUCUGUCAGGAACAAAGCAACCCCUAAAAAAAGACUUACAAACAUGGAGAUACAUUCAAAUAUUCCUUGUGGCUUUAGCACAGCAAGUGGAAAGCAAGUGCAAAUAUCUAAAAAGUCUCUACAAAAAGUCAUGGGACUCUUCAAAGAAUGUGAUGAAGAUGAUCUAAGUAGUAAUAGUUUCUCUGUGAAUCAAGAGAGUUUGAGGCAAGACCAUAUUUUACCCAUAAAACCUUGCGCAACAUUUGAAGACAACGUUGCUUCAAACUUUAAGCCACAAGAGAAAUGUGAUGCACUUCAUUUAACCACAAACAAUCCUAAUGAAAAGAGGACUUCUAACAACUUAGUAAGCAUUAAAAUGCCUAUGUGCAUGUCUCAUACUGAGGAGAUCAAACAACCGGCAGAAACAAACCAGAUGAGUAGAAUUGAUACAACAUGUGAUACUAUAACCAAAGGAAAUCUGGAUUUUCAUUGUCCUGCUUACUCCCAAACCCCAGAAAAUUACUUAGAAAUAGAAACAUCGGAAAGUGCCAAAGCAUUCAUGGAAGAUGAUGAUCUCACUGAUUCAGAAGUGCAGGCAAAAAAACCAAAGUCCCAUUUGGUUUCUGGGAAAACCAAUAAUUAUCUGUCCAGUACAAAAACUGGGAAAAGACACAUGGAAGAAGAAAACACACUUGGAGAACCUCCUAUUAAAAGAAAGUUACUGCCUGAAUUUGACCGGUUAGAAAAUUCCAACAAAUCAUUGUGCAAGGUCUCCAAAAGUUCUCCAGAAGGUGUCUUGAAUGACAGAAGAAACUUUACCUACAAUUUUCCUUUAAAGCCUGUAAUCUGUGGUCCCAUUAGUUCUGCAAAAGAACGGGAAGAAGUUUUGAAUCCAAACCUUACUACGCCAGACCAAGAAUGCAAAGGAUCUAAAUAUAACUGUUUUCAGCAACACAUUUCAAAACAGUCUUCAAAUGGAACAUCGGCUUUCUUGUCUCCGUUUAAUAAGCCCUUAACUGAGGAAAACAAGAAAGUGGAAAAUCCUAUAGCAAAGAGGCCAGCCAGAGUCUUUGUACCACCUUUCAAAACAAAGUCAAGUGUUUCUGAGGAUGAAGUAGGUAAUGUCAAAGAACAUGACUUACUGGGCAGGAAAAAUAUUGAUAGAAAAGAAGAGAUAAACUCUGAAAUGGUUCAUGAAGGCACUAUUCAACCAGAAAGCAAUAUAUUUGAAAAGAAUAAUGCUGCACGAGUAUCAGCUGUGAAUUCAGAAUGCAGAGAUACAAAUUCAGAUUUAACAAAAGCAAUAGCAAAUCUUCAGUAUGCCAGAAAUCUACAGGAAGUGAGACUUGCAAAGAAACAAAGACAAAGAAUUCGCCCACAGUCGGGAAGCCUGUAUCUUGAGAAAAUAUCUGCUGCUUGUAGAAUUCCUCUUAAAGUUGCAGUGGGAAAGAAACCCCCUGGUUCUUAUGUCAAUGAACAGUUAUAUACCCUUGGUGUUUCCAAGCAGUGCAUAAACAUUAAUAGUAUAAAUGCAGAAGAUUUUCAGUUUCUCAUCCCGGAUUUUUUCAGUAAAGAGUAUUUUUUUGAAAGACAUGGAAUACAGCUGGCUGAUGGAGGAUAUCUUAUUCCUACUGAUGAGGGGAAAGCAGGAAAAGAAGAAUUUUACAAGGCUUUAUGUGAUACACCCGGUGUAGACCCAAAGCUAAUUUCAAAAGCCUGGGUCUACAACCAUUAUAGGUGGAUCAUAUGGAAACUGGCAGCUAUGGAAGUAGCAUUUCCACAGGAAUUUGCCAAUCGGUGUUUGACUCCAGAAAGAGUACUUCUUCAGCUAAAGUACAGGUACGAUGUGGAAGUUGAUAAAAGUCAUCGAUCAGCCAUCAAAAGGAUAACGGAGAGAGAUGAUGUUGCUGCUAAAACACUUGUACUGUGCAUUUCCAAAACCAUAUCCUUAAGUGCAAACAUUUCUCAGAUUUCUGGCAAUAAAAACGCUGUUGUGGAAAGCAAAAAAGAAGUGGCAGUGGUUGAAGUAACAGAUGGCUGGUAUGGGAUUAAGGCUGUCUUAGAUUCUCCUCUUCAGUCGCUGUUGUGCAGAGAGAAGUUGACUGUGGGUCAGAAGAUUGUUGUACAUGGAGCAGAACUUGUGGGGCCUCAGGAUGCAAGUGCUCCACUGGAAGCGCCAGACUCCCUUAUGUUAAAGAUUUCAGCAAACAGUACUCGACGUGCUCGAUGGUAUGCCAAAUUAGGAUAUCAUCAAGAUCCCAGACCUUUCAGUUUGCCUUUAUCAUCACUCUUUAGUGAUGGUGGGACUGUCGGUUGCAUUGAUAUCAUUAUCCAAAGAGUUUAUCCCACACAGUGGAUGGAAAAGAUAUCAACAGGUUCCUAUGUGUUUCGUAACUGUCGAGCUGAAGAAAGAGAAGCUUCAAAGCACGCUGAAAGUCGACAAAAAACCCUAGAAGCAUUGCUUGCAAAAAUCCAAGCUGAAUUUGAAAAGAAUGAGGGUGAAGGCAGAAGAGCUCUGCGAUCCCGUACGUUAACCAGACAACAGAUUCGUUCUUUGCAAGAUGGUGCAGAACUUUACAAGGCAAUUCUUGAUGCUGCUGACCCAGCUUACAUGGAGGGCUGUUUCAGCGAAGAGCAAUUAAAAGUCUUGAAUAGCCAUAGACAGAUGGUAAAUGAUAAAAAGCAAGCACAGAUAGAAGCAGAAUUCAGGAAAGCAGUGGAGUCUGCCGAGCAAGAGGAACAUAGUUCCUGCAAAAGGGAUGUAACCCCUGUAAUGAAACUACGAAUUGUGGAUUACAGAAAAGAAGAAAAAGGCAAAGAAGUGAUGUUGAGCAUUUGGCGUCCAUCAUCAGAUGUUUGUGCACUCCUAAGGGAAGGAGGUCGAUUUAGAGUCUUCCAGUUAGCAGCAUCCCAAUACAAAGGCAAGCUGGAAGCUGCUAGUUUACAGCUAACAGCUACCAAGAAAACUCAGUAUCUGCAGCUGCCAGUCGUUCAAGAUAUCCUCUCACGAGUUUACAGGCCAAGGCAGUCUCUACAGUUCAAGAAGCUGCUGGAACCCUCUUUCCAGCCAACCUGUUCUGAAGUGGAUUUAGUGGGAUAUGUAGUUUCCCUCAGGAAAGGAACAGGUUUUUCUACAUUACUGUAUUUGUCAGAUGAGAACCAUAAUCUUAUCACAGUCCAGAUCUGUACAGAUCUUAAACAGCUUGCUGUUGAAGACAUUCUAGUUCCUUCUAUGUUGAUUUCUGCAUCCAAUCUUCAGUGGCGACCUGAAUUCAGAUCAGCCAUUCCCACCUUAUUUGCUGGAGAUCUUUCUACGUUCUCAUCAAAUCCAAAGGAAAGCCAUCUCCAAGGAGUAUUUAAUGAACUAAGAGAAGCCAUAGAGAGUGACAGUUCUUUUGACAGAUACGUACAACACAAAUUGAUGAGUUUGCUUCAAACAGAGGGCCUGAAAGGAUUUAACUUGCCCAAAGAACAUGGCUUGGAUCCCUUUCCUUCUCCUUGGAAAUGUGAUGCAGGAAAUAAUCAUUCAAUUGCAACUCCUAGUAGUGAGCUAAGGCACCAGAGCCAUUUGACACUUGGAAAGCUGGAUUCACUAGGCUCGGCAAAAAUGACUAAAGAACUACAAGAAACUCCUAAGAACUAUAAGAAGAGAAAAGCAAUGGACCUGCUUAGUCAAGUACUUUCCCCUCCACCUGUAAAGCCAAUCUGCACAUUUGUUUCUCCAUCUCUGAAAAGGGCAUUUCAGCCACCUCGGAGAUCUGGUCCCCAGUGUGAAAGAUCACUGGAAAGGACAGCUUGUAAAUCACUUAAAAAACCUGCCCUGAAAAGAGUAAAUAAGACUGAUUUGCUUCUUGGAAACAAUUUUGUUGCCGAUGAGGAACUAGCAAUGAUAAAUACACAAGCCCUUCUAAGCAACAUUCCAGAAGAGAGAAAAGUUGAUUCUACAGAUUAUUCUACAUAUUCAUUACCCAGUGAUCAACCUGAUAACCAUAUACUGAAAUAGUUCUUCCCAACUGGCUGGUAGAAAAAAUAUAUUGCAGGGCAGUAGUAUGGAAACUGAGGCUCUUGGGAUGGAAACAACUGGAUCAGUUGUGCAGAAGAAGCUGCAAAGGCAAAAACCUCAGAAGUACUAGUACAGGGGUAGGCAACCUUGGCUCUCGAGCUGUUGAACUACAAUUCCCAUAAUCCAAAAACAGAGCUUAUUGUGGAUUGGGAUGAUGGGAAUUGUAUUUCAACAGCUAAAGAGCUGUGGUUUCUUUCUCCUGUACAAGUAGAAGCCUCUGUACAACAAUUGUAUGUUUUAAUAUUUAAAUGACAAUUUUAUACUUUAAACAUUGUAAAUGUUUGUACAGAUCUUUGUCUACUGUACAUAUUUCAAUUCAAAAUAAAGUUUAGGGAGAGAUCCUCUACUAAACAGAA